AUGGCGGUGGCCCACGGCCCCAAGGCUGAGCUCCAACCUGACCUCAGCCUCGCCCUCCGAUCGUCGGGCCUACACACAUCGACGGCUGCGCUCAAGGCGCGCUCGACGACGCCGCCGAGACCCGCCCAGCGGCGACGAGACCCUCUCGUAGACCCCCUCGUCGUAUCGAACCACAACGUCCCCGCAGGCACCUGCGCCGCCACCCCCACGGGCCGACCCACUUCCCUAGCCGGCAUCUCCGCCGCCGAAUUCGACCGCGAGCUCGACUACGAGGAGUCCAAGACGGGCGUGACCAAGCUACGCGAGAAACUCGCCGGCCGCGCCGUCGGCCACGUCCUCGAGGUCGCCGUCGGCACGGGCCGCAAUUUCAGCCUCUACGACUGGGACUCCCUUGCCGCCGCCACGUCCGGGCAAGAACAGCGACAGCAGCGGCUCCUCUCCUUCACGGGCCUCGACAUCGCCAAGGACAUGCUCGACGUAGCCGCCACCAAGCUCCAAAAGUCCCCUCCCUCCUCGGCUCCGACCCUCCCACCGUCGCCGUCCUCCGCGACCCCUCGGGCCAAGUCGCCGCCGGCGCCGUCGAAUUCCUCGACGGCGCCAUCCGCCUCGUCAAGGCCAACGCCCUCUCCUUCCUGCCCCCACCACCACCACCCCCUCACCUUUGGCCUCUGCAGCGUAUCCGACCCCUCCGCCGUCCUGUCCAACCUCGCCUCCGCCCUCGUCCCCGGGACCGGCCGCAUCCUCCUCCUCGAGCACGGCCGUGGCACCUGGGGCAUCGUCAACUGGUGGCUCGACAGGCACGCCCCGGAGCACUUUCGCAAGUACGGUUGCUGGUGGAACAGGGACCUCGAGCGCAUCGUGAGAGACGCGGCGCGCACGAGCGGGCUCCCCGGCCCCGAGGGCCAGCCCAAGAUCGAGGUCGUUCGCGUGGAAAGGCCCUCGUACCAAGGGGGUACGGUCCUCUGGAUCGAGCUCAAGGUUGUGGAGUAG